UCCAAAAAUAUCAAGUGGCAACACCGAUGUAAACAAGUUGUGAUGAUACUCAAGAAUUUCGCUCCGGGAUUACUCUGAGAAAGUGCAAGUAACAAUGAUAAGUCAUCAUGGGUGUGGACAAGGUAGCAAUCACAACUUCAGAAGGAACAUGGGAGCUGCCCCUUGCAGCCAUAUUUUGUAUUGCCAUAGCUGUUUAUGUUCUUCUUAUAAUUAUUGGUCUUAGCAUUAGACAAUGUUUACUGAAGAAAGGUGUGUGUGGGGGAGGCUGUCCUCAUAUCCCUUGCUGUAACUGUGCUGAAAUGGGCUUACGAUGUGCCCAAGCCUGUUCUUGCUGUGGGCCAAAGCCUUCAUGUUCAAUGCUGUUAGACUGUUGUUGCCCAGGAAAUCAGGAAUGCACUUGCCUCCAGCUAGAGGCAUGUGGACCUUGUCCAGAUUGCUCAGAGUGUACAUCCUGCACAAGUUGCUGUGAGAAUCCUUGCAUAGACUGCAACAACUGCUAUAACUGGUGCUCUGCUCCUUCUGCAUGUUCUCCAGGACCUUUGUGCGACUGUAGUAGUUGCACUUGCAGUUGCACAACACCCGAGUGCUCCACAAUAAAUUGUCUUUGUUGUGAGAUAACUAUUAAAGGUCGUGGACCACAGGGUGACACUUAAUAUAGUCUUGUGAAACUGAGAAAUUUAAUGAUUUUUUAACUGUAGUUUUAAAAUUCCUCAACUUCUGAUGCUGUAUUUUUUUGGAUUUAGUUUUAUAUGAAUUUAUUUUUAUACUUCCAGUGUGCUGUUUUGAUAAUUUUGACUUGUAAGUUUUUUUUUUUUUUCUUUCAGUCUUUUUAUCAGAAUAAGUUAAUUCUUAAGUUUGUGACAAAUGGAAAUUUUCCCUGCAAUAUACUUUUGUAUGUUUUGUAUCUACUAGUCAUUAUUUUAGUGGUUAUUAUGAAGAUAAUUUCAUAGUAAUUCUUGUAUAUGAGAGGAAGUAUUGCUGAAACAAACAUAUCAGUGUACCUGCUAUUCCAUCCAGUAUGUAAAUACCUUGAGUUUGCUAUUUUUGUAAGAGUACAAAUUUAGAUUUAAUUUUUGAGAUUUUUUGUGUGAAUUACAUUAUUAAUUGAUUUAAGUAGUGAAAGCUUACUGUGUACUAACCUGCUAAUACCUCAAUGGUUAAUGGUUAAAAUAAAUGUGCUAGACAUCUAAGGUCAUAUAGCACUAUAGGAAGGUACAAUAAAGGGUAGUGAAGGGUUAGUAGUCAGUUGCUAUGCAUCAACUGUCAAGAGUAAUAUUACAAAGGUUAAAGAUGGGUAAAGGAGUUGAGUGAAUGGGUUACGGUGGGGUUAUGUAGAUCAGGUGAAGGAUAUGUAUGCGUCUGCGGGAGAACAGGUUGUCAAAGCAGAGGAGGAUGUGUAAGAAAAGUCUCUUGGAGGCAGAUAAUGAAUGGGUUAUAAGAAGAAAGGAUAUGACGAGGGUCAGGUCUGUGAUAAGGGGGUGAGAUAAGGAAUUAGAGGGGGGAGAUUGUGUAGUAUCAGGAGGGGUAUCAGUAGGUGGAGGCUCUGGGGAAGGGCAUAGUUGUGACAUGAGAGAUCCACGUGUGUAUCCUGGAGGGAGUGAAAGGAAUAGAGGGGAUGGAGGGAAGGUUAAUGUGGGUAUAGUUGGGGGUGGGAGGAAUAUGAAGAGGAGGCUGGAUAUUGGCAGUCACUUUCAGUGUGGAGGGUAUGGGAAUUGUGGAAUUUGAGGGUGGAUGAGGGUUUUCUUUGUCAUUCUGGGAUUCAAGCAGAUAGUUUUGAAUAUCUUCUAGUUUCUGAAACAGAAUUGGUUGGGGAGUUUUGUAGGACAGAGGUUUUCCUAUAAGGAGUAGAGUCAAACUUCGGGGUGGGGCAGCCCCUAUAAAAUACAUACG